CCACGUCGGUCCUUUGUUAGCACAAACACUAUUGGCGUGCCCUGACCUGGCGAUCCUGUGCCUGUGUACAUACACUAUUUACUUGCUAGGUAGUACAUAUGUGUGUGCCCAGCCCCAUGCUCAGUCACAUCACACCUCUGAUACGUGUCUACGUACCUACAUGUACUACUUACUGUAUCUGCACAUUACUCACCCUCCUCGCGACGCAUCAACGCCUAACCACGCCCCACAAUGCGCAUUUAUGGCUUUCAUCAGCAGCAUCAGCAUCAGCAUCCUCUUCGGCAUCACACACAAAGCUUCUCCGCCCUCGCCUCGCCGAUCCGCCUUGUUCACGGGUAAAUCAUCGGUGCCCCCACCCCUUUUUUCGAUUCCAUCUCCCUACACAUGCUUUAUCUCCCUACCACCCACUACUACUACUACUACUACUACUACUACUACUACUACUACUACUACUACUACUACCACCACCACGCACCAAAAAAAGCCCCGUCUUCAUACCUGCACCACGCGUCAACGGCACCGAACGGCGUAGCUGGGUGUGCCCAUGUGUAAUGUGUGUGCAUGUGCGUGUCAAGGGGAAGAAGGAUUUGACAGGCUUUUUUCGCACCAACGUCACCGGGACGUGUGCCUAGCCAUCCGCAUCCGCAUUCGACUCGCGGCACACGUGGCGACGGCAUAGCGCCCUCCACACUCCGCUUAAGCCUCACUUUAUUCUAUGCAGCCAUCGUCGCAGUACGGCGAGAUAUACUCUUACGCUGUGCUUGGCCGCCGCCACCGCUUACUAUCUUGAUGUGUCUUGUCCCUUUGCAGUAGUUAUGUGUACAGGUUAACGCGUACAUUCUAUACGCGCAGCAGAGUCAUGAUUGCGCCUGCACCCACUAACUCUCCUUCACUAAUGUAUUAUCUAUGUAUUCAUCGGUACAUC